ACAAAUAAGCACUUACAGCAAGCUAAAGAUCUCAUUUACGGAAUCACGAAGGAGAUUUCCGAAUCCGACGAGUGUAAAAAGUACCAUUUUAAUUCAAAAGUCUAAUCACUGUUGUAAUAACUGAAGUGUAAUAACUUAAUUAGAUGUAUGAGAAAACUAUUAAUAAAAUACUUUAGAACUAUAUUUGAAGCUAGUUAGUUAAUGAUUGAUAUCAUAUUAGCUAAAUAUGUUCACAACCACAAAUAGUUCGUAUAAAUAGGGCUUCCUACAAAUUAAUGUACAUCACUAACCCUUGAGACUUCGCAGUGUGUUGGUUAUACAAUUCAUUUUCUAUCAUGGAUGAAAUCGAAGACGCAAAAAGUAAUUUCUUUGAGUGUGAAGACAGUAUGGAUUGCCAUAUGGUUAACAAGUGUCUUGAAAUAGAAGACGUCGAAUUUAUAGCAGAUACUUCACAACGAUUCUGGGAAUUAUGUACCUUUGGAGGAAACGACUCCAAAAACGAAAAUAGCGUUAUUCGCCAAUCCGGAGGAGGGAUCAAAAGGAAAGCUGUGGAUAUUGCAGAUGCAGGACCAUCUAGUGCAGUUGAAAUUUCGGAAAAUUAUGAAGAAAAGAAAUUAUGCGAAGCUUGUAAUAUAUGGGUAAGACAACGAUAUUUUUCAAAUCAUUUGAAAAGUAAUAUUCACAAGAACAAAGUUAUAGAACACAACACCCAUGAAUUAAGUAAUGUUAGUUUAAUCAAUUCUGCGUUUGGAUGUCGAAUCCGCACUUACAGAAUAGGAUCAGAUAAUCAAGAGACUGAAUUCGAAACUCCUGAAAUAUUUUUUGAAUCCAUAAAAAAUAAAAUUCAGGCCUUAAUAAAGGAAUGUUUAGAUGAGCUUACGAUAAUUAAUAUUAAUUUUAUAGUGCAUGCGGAGUUUGUGCAGGAAACCAAAGAUCUAAAAAACGUUUUUGAUUUUCAAAGUUUUAAUUAUAACUUUUGUAUUGGAGACGAUUAUGACCCGCUCAUUAAAAAAGUAAAGGACACGUUAUGUACACACAUGAGUGAAUUUGAGAAAAAAGACAGUGGAUGGUCCUUAAAGAAGAUUUUGUUUGUAGACAUGAAUGUCAACAAAUUUAAUCCUUUGAGAGGAUCAUCUUAUUUGGAUUUACCAAAGGAUAUCAAAAGUAAAAAGGCAGUGAUAAAUGUACAAAAUAAUGAUCACCAAUGUCUUAAAUGGGCUUUGUUGUCUGGUAUCUUUCCUGUUGUAAAAAACGCUAACAGAACUACCUCAUACAUGCAGCAUCAAAAUAAGUUAAAGUUUGACGGCAUACGUUUUCCCGUAAAAUUAAGUGAUAUAAAAAAAGUUGAAAAGUUAAAUGACAUAAGCAUUAAUGUAUUUGGGCUUGAAUAUGAUAGCAUUUCGAAAAGAAACAACAUAGUUGGGCCCUUGCAUUUUACCAAAUCAAGGAAAGAAAGACACAUUAAUCUUUUGUAUUUAAGCAAUGGUAAUACGGGCCAUUACUGCUUUAUUAAGAAUUUAUCGCGAUUAGUUAAUAGGCAAAUAACUGGUCGUCAUGAUGCAAUUCAUAUUUGUGAUGGUUGUCUCUUAUAUUUUUUUACCGAACAAAAGUUGAAAAAUCACCAGAAAAAUGAUUGUGCUCAUGUUGUAACAGAGCUACCUGACAUUGAAAAGACGAACAAAAAAAAUUGGUUUGAGGAAAUGAAGCCUAGUAAUAAAAUUUUGUUUGAUGCAUUUAUACGAAAACACAAGUUACCAUUUGUAAUUUAUGCGGUCUUCGAAUCGUUUCUGAAACCUAUAUCGAACUCUAACGCAAAUUUAGAUUCAUCAAAACCGUUUACAAAUAAUGUUCAACAGCACGAAGUUUACAGCUACGGCUAUUACAUAAAAUGUUCAUAUGACGAUAACCUUUCAAAAUAUUGCACUUAUACUGGACCUGAUUGUGCUAAGAAUUUCAUGCUAAGCGUAAGCAAAGAUGUUGCUCAAAUCCAACGUAAGAUUUGUUUUCAAAAAGCUCCAGUUCCCCUAACUUCAGCGGAUGAAGAAACUAUUAACAGAACAAAACAUUGUUUUAUUUGUAAUAAUGAGUUACUAUUAGACUGCGUUGAACAUUAUGAAUGGAGUACUGGUCACUUCGAAGGACUAGCACAUUCAUUUUGCAGUUCCAAGUAUAAGACACCCCGCUUUGUACCCAUAUUUUUACAUAAUUUAAGUAAUUAUGAUGCUCAUUUUAUUGUACAUGCAUUAAAUUUUGAUGAAGGUGAGAUUUCAAUUAUUCCUCAAAACAAAGAAAAAUACAUUUCCUUUUCAAAAAAAAUACGUAUAAAUGGACAAGAAAUUAGUUUACGGUUUUUAGAUUCUUUCAAGUUUAUGUCCGAAAGCUUGGACAAACUCGCUCAUAAUCUAGAAAUAAACCAAUUUAUAGAGUUACGAAAGCAAUUCCCGCUCCAAGAUGACUUUAAAAGACUAAUAAGGAAGGGUGUUUUCCCGUAUGAAAUGAUUAAAUCUUAUGACUCAUUAAAUGCUACAUCACUCCCAACCAAACCUGAAUUUUACAAUUGUUUAAGUGAUAGCCCCAUUUCCGAUAUAGACUACGCUCAUGCUCAAGAUGUCUGGGAUCAUUUUAAAUGCAAAACAAUGUUAGAUUAUUCUAACUUAUAUUUGAAAACCGAUGUAAUGUUACUGGCAGACGUAUUUGAAAAUUUUCGAAAACUUUGUUUGGAAACAUAUGACUUGGACCCCUCACAUUACUAUACAGCACCUGGUCUGAGUUGGGAUGCAAUGCUUAAGCAUACUAACGUUGAACUAGAAUUACUAACUGACUUUGAAAAAGUCUCUUUUGUCAAAUCAGGUAUUAGAGGGGGAAUAUCUCAGUGCAGCAAUCGAUAUGCCAAAGCCAACAACGAGUACUUAAAAGAUGAAUUUAAACCUAAUGAACCAAAAUCUUAUCUAGCUUAUUUUGAUGCGAAUAAUUUAUACGGAUGGGCUAUGUCACAAUAUUUGCCUAUUGGAGAGUUUGAGUGGGUCAAUGAAAAUGUGGAUUUUAACAUAUCAGAUUCAUGUGAUUACGGUUACAUCCUUCAAAAAAUCUAA